AUGCCGAUUUCAAACAAUAUUAAAUCAAGCUGUGAAUUUCAAUUAUUUACAAAAGAAAACAAUAUGCCAGAAAAUUGCGAAAUAAAAACGGUACCAAUAUUUAGUGACCUAUGGCACCAACUAGGAAAUAGUAAUCGUUGGAUAUACGCAACCCACAAGCCCAUUGAGUUAAUCGUAAGCUGCCAGGACGAAGUAGAGAAUAUAGAAAUAAACAAAGCAGGAAUAUUAAGUCUAAAUCCGAAUUGUAAAGCUUUCACUAAAAACAACAUUAUAUUAGCUAAAUAUCUGGGAAAAAGCAAUUUUUCUAAAGACUACGUACCACAAUUUCACUUAUCUAAAUUAACUGAACACUUCAAUGACAAAAUAAGACAACAACAACCCGAUGGCGAAAACCAAAUUAGCCUUAAUACAGCGGUGAAGUUUAAUGAUUUAAAAAUAUAUGCAAAAUCAAUGUCAACCUUAGAUGAACAAAUAACAAAUGAAUUAAGCUCAAAAUCAAAUGAUAAAAUAAAAACGGUACAUUCUGUAGGAAUAUCGACGAUAGCGCUAAUAUUAACCGGAAUUAUCCUAUUCAAAAUAAUAAAAUCACUCAAGACAAAAAAUAAAACUAAGCCAUUAGACACUGUGAAAGUAGUAUACAAUGCUCAGAGCAACCAACUUCAAGUCCAGGAUAACACAGAAUCAGCCUAA